UCCCUCACCCUUCGAUUGAGUAAAUCCCUCGCUAACAAACCAACAAUUUCAACAACACCAUCUUCCAUCUUAUCAAAAUCAUGCCAAACUCCUACCUCUUUCCCUUUGACCAUACCUCAACAAUUCAUAACCCAAUCAUUUUUCAAAAUCACCGACUUCAAAUUUCCUUCAAAGCCAGCUAGCUAUCAGCUUUAGACAAUCCUAACCAAACCCACCUGAACUACAGUACCCUAAAUUCACCAAAAUAUACCAUCUUUAUAUAUAAACCCUAAAUACAUUAUAAACAUCUCUUUAACAUUUUUCUUUUCUUCUUAUCUUCUUUCUAUAUUAAUCACAUCACUUAUCAUCUUUGCACACCACUUGAAGUCGACGUUUUUCAUAACUCUAUAUAUACACAGAUCUUCCACCAAACAUAAAACACAUCUUGUACUAAAAUCACUCACACGCACACCCCUGGUCCCAACUCUAAUCUAGGAGAAAAAAAUACAAAGUGCAACCCGUAACAUCACAUCCAUAGGUGCUACUUCUUACCCUAGAAUCAAAAUCCCUCCAAAACAACAACUACAACAUGUCCGCCGCCGUGGCCGCCGCCGCCGCUGCCGCCGCCAUGUCGGGGUACCACAACUCCACUCGGAGACAACACACUGAUCACGACUUGCCCAUACCGCCGCAGCGAGUGUGCGUGCCGCCUCCUCUGAGCAGGUACGAGUCCCAGAAGCGGCGCGACUGGAACACCUUCGGCCAGUACCUCAAGAACCACCGUCCACCCUUGACCCUCUCCCGCUGCAGCGGGGCCCACGUGCUGGAGUUCCUCCGCUACCUGGACCAGUUCGGAAAAACCAAGGUGCACGCCGAAGCCUGCGCCUACUACGGAAACUCCCACCCGCCUGGUCCCUGCUCGUGUCCCUUGAAGCAGGCCUGGGGCAGCCUGGACGCGCUGAUCGGGAGGCUACGCGCUGCAUUCGAGGAGCACGGCGGCGCUCCGGAGAUGAACCCGUUCGGGACACGCGCGGUGAGGCUGUACCUGAGGGAAGUUCGCGACGCGCAGGCGAAGGCGAGAGGCAUAGCGUAUGAGAAGAAGAAGAGAAAGAAGGCUGAAACGCACGAUGAUGUGAUGAGCAUGAUGGGUUCAAGUGAUGGCGCUUACUGUGGUUAUGGUGGUGCCUUUCUUCCUCAGCAGGUUUUGUCUGAUUCAAAUGGGACAACUUCUUCUUCUAUCCCUGAUGGCCUUUCCUAUUUCUCUUCCCACUGUGGCUUCAAUUGAUUCUGAAUUCUGAUGCGUGCUGCAAAAUCAGUGCUUGAUUAUGAUAGGAUAUAAUAAUAUUAUUAUUAUUCUAUGCUUAGUGAGGUGUGGUAGGGUUCAGAGUUGCACCAACUGUGGUCAUUCUUAGAAGCUUUUCAGAAUAUUGUCUCAUUAAUACAUAUAGCAGGAUUUCGUUCUAUACAUGGUUUGCUGAAAAAAAGUUCUAAUCAA